AUGAAGAACCUGUUCAAGAGCAAGAUCAGGUGGCAGCACCGGUCCAACGACCCCGCGUCCCCGGCGGGGCAGCCGCAGCAGGGGCAGGGCUCGCAGCAGCCGUCGUCGCCGUCGCCCGCGAGCUCGCCGUCGGGGACCGGGGCGGCCUCGGCGCUCUCGGUCUCGACGGCCUCCUCCUCGCCCCCCUCCGCGGCCGCGACGCCCACGGGGGCCGCGGGGGCGGGGGCGGGAGCGGGAGGAGGGGAGGACUACAUAUCGUCGGAGGAGGAGUUCCAGAUGCAGCUGGCGAUGGCGCUCUCGGCGUCCUCCAACGGCGAUUACGUGGGGGACCUGGACGGGGACCAGAUCAGGAAGGCCAAGCUCAUGAGCCUCGACCGCUUCUCCGCCCACCGGGACGAAGGCCACACCGCGGAUUCGCUCUCCCGGCGAUACUGGGACUAUAACUUUCUUGAUUAUCAUGAGAAAGUCGUUGAUGGUUUCUAUGACAUCUUUGGCUCCUCUAUGGAAUCCUCUAGGCAGGGGAAGAUGCCAUCACUAGCUGAUCUCCAAACAGGCAUAGGGGACCUGGGCUUUGAAGUCAUUGUAAUCAACCGUGCCAUUGAUAGUACCUUGCAGGAGAUGGAGCAAGUGGCACAGUGCAUCCUGUUGGACUUCCCUGUUGCCAAUAUUGCACUCUUAGUGCAAAGAAUUGCUGAGCUUGUUACAGAUAAUAUGGGUGGACCUGUAAAAGACGCCAAUGACAUGCUCACAAGGUGGUUGGAGAAGAGUACUGAGCUGAGAACCUCAUUACAAACAAGUUUGUUGCCUAUUGGCUGCAUCAAGAUAGGGCUAUCACGUCACCGUGCCCUACUUUUCAAGAUCCUUGCUGACCGCGUUGGCAUUCCAUGCAAACUUGUCAAAGGGAGCAAUUAUACUGGUGGUGAUGAUGAUGAUGCUAUAAACAUAAUUAAGAUGGAUAAUGAAAGGGAGUUUUUGGUUGAUCUGAUGGCUGCUCCUGGUGCUCUUAUUCCAGCAGAUAUCUUAAGUUGGAAGGGAAAUUCAUUAAAUUCUAAUAGAAAACUCAGCCUGAAUCGGACAGCUGGACCAUCGAGUUCCAUUGAUGCUAAUCUGGAUCCUAGUGCAUUGCCACCCGAACCUAAAGGUGGCCAACUGCCUUUGUUUAGCAGUGAUGAUUGGAUAUUAGAUAGUAAAUCUGGAUAUGAGACAGCAGCAGUCGCAGCAUCUUCUCAAACCUCUUCGAGUGGCACAUCAUCUGUUCCUGCUGGAAGUGUUUUUGACAGUUCAUGGACGCUGGUGUCUCAUGAGCAAUCAGAUGGACCAUCAACUUCUGCUGGUACAUCAUCCCAGGAGAAAGUUGUACUUCAAGGGGAACAUCCACGGAAUUUAAAUCGGCUUCCAGAUUUGCAGGAAAAUCCAGAGUCCAGAAACCUUUUUGCUGACCUUAAUCCUUUUGGGGGUAUUGAGUCCAAGAAAACUUCAGUAGCAUUCAAAGGGCCAGAUAAUAGGAACAAUGAGCUACAAAAGCGCAGAGAGAAUGUAGCCCCUAGUGGUGGUAGACCACAGCAGCGGUUAGUUAUGAAGAACUGGUCACCUUACAAUGAUGUUUCCAACAACAAACAGUACAAUUAUGUUGAGGAUUCAUUCGCACGUAGAAAUGUUGGCAAUAAUGCUGCAUCACCAUCAUCAUCCCAGAUGCCACGACCAGCCACAAGGAAUAGUAAUCUUAAUGCUGGAUUGCGUAACGAUACAUCAUAUGUGGCACAGCCUCAUAAUUAUGACAACAUUAUGAUUGGUACCUCUGCCAUGAAGAUUACAUCUACAGCUGAGACUGGGAAGGUUCCUGAAAGGGUUCUCCAUGGUGGUUUGGACAAAGUCCCUACAAAUUCUAGACUGGAGGAUCAACAUGGCCUGGUUCAACUACCACAAGAAAGACUUCCAUGGGAUAAUCCUGCAGAAGGAAGAGUCCCAAUGAAUAGAGUUCAGAAUCAAGCAAAACAACAUAUGGAAAACCUUGAUUCAAAGCAGGACCAUAAGAAAUUACUCCCUGAUCCAAAGAAAUCUCCCCUUGACAGAUUCAUGGACACGUCAACGCCAUCAAGAAACAUGGAUGUCAGGUCACAGAGGCUUGACUUUGAUGAUGUGUCUGAAUGUGAAAUUCCUUGGGAAGAUCUUGUGAUUGGUGAAAGGAUUGGCUUAGGUUCGUAUGGAGAGGUCUACCGUGCUGACUGGAAUGGAACAGAAGUAGCUGUAAAAAAAUUCUUGGAUCAAGAUUUCUAUGGUGAUGCUCUGGAUGAGUUUAGGAGUGAAGUACGAAUUAUGCGUCGGCUGCGCCAUCCAAAUAUUGUUCUCUUUAUGGGAGCUGUUACACGCCCUCCGAACUUAUCAAUUGUAUCUGAAUAUCUUCCAAGGGGAAGCUUGUAUAAGAUCCUUCACCGUCCUAAUUGCUUAAUAGAUGAAAAACGGAGGAUCAAGAUGGCCCUUGAUGUGGCCAAAGGUAUGAAUUGCCUGCACACUAGUGUACCAACAAUAGUCCAUCGAGAUCUGAAAUCCCCAAACCUGCUGGUUGACAAUAAUUGGAAUGUAAAGGUUUGCGACUUUGGACUUUCACGGUUGAAGCACAGUACAUUUUUGUCAUCCAAAUCCACUGCUGGAACACCUGAGUGGAUGGCACCUGAGGUUUUGCGGAAUGAACAAUCAAAUGAAAAGUGUGAUGUUUACAGUUUCGGUGUCAUCUUGUGGGAACUGGCAACACUUAGAAUGCCAUGGAGUGGGAUGAAUCCAAUGCAAGUCGUGGGGGCAGUUGGCUUCCAGGAUAGACGGCUUGAUAUUCCCAAGGAAGUUGAUCCUCUGGUAGCAAGGAUCAUAUACGAAUGCUGGCAGAAAGAUCCAAAUCUGCGCCCUUCAUUUUCACAGUUAACAAGUGCUCUGAAGACUGUUCAAAGGCUAGUGACCCCUUCUCACCAAGAGACACAGAGCCCCCCUGUUCAUCAAGAAAUCUCAGUGAAUUCUACUCCUUGAGGGGGCCUUCCACUUUCCGCUGUGCGUAGUUUUUGUUCUUGACGUUUGUGUCUCUACAGAAGUCUGCAAAUGUGGGCGCACCUUGUAGAUUGAGCGCCCCAGGUGGUAGACAUCCGGCUGCCGGGACAAUGCCUCCCCGACACAAUAUGUAUAGAGCCGUCCAUCAAACAGAAAUCGGAAGAAGUUCUGUGUGCAGCACCUCAUUUUUAUGUCGGUGUCAAUAUGUACAUCCAACCGGGUACGAGCCCUCUGGAAAGCAGUGAGAGCUCAUUGUGCUGAUUGUGGAGUGUCUGAUUGUGUCUAAAUGGAUUGCCGGCUUGCUGCGCAAAAGGCAGCUAUAUUUGAAAGUUGGAAGUGUUGUAACUCUUUGCAAUCAGAACACGUGAAUUUAGGAUACAUUAUUAUACUGGAAGAUGUGUGUUCAAAUGACUGGAUGAGCUGUUUGUUUGCCUGUGCCUUUGACCAACUGAAUAAAAUACACUACCUGAUUCGUUGUUUGUUUA